AUGUUUUCAACCAAAGUUAUUGUUCGCUCGUUUAACUCCAGUUCGCGAAUGUUUUCUCAAAUGGGUGACAUGGGUAGUGGCGCUGGAAAGGGAGGUGGAAGUGGAGGUUCAAUUCGUGAUGCUGGCGGUGCUUAUGGAAAGAUGGAAGCUGCACGUGAGGAGGAAUAUUUUCAUAAAUUGAAGCAAGCUCAACUCAAGGCGCUCAAGCAACAAUUGGUCCGUGAACAAUCACACCAUGAGGAGCAAGCAAAACAUCAUCAAGAUGUGAUUGAACGACACAAGAAGCGCAUUAAAGAAUUGGAGGAGGAAGAAAAGUCGAAAUGA